UCUUGGCCGUCCUGGCCCACACAGGCCCUGACUCCUCUGCCCAGCCAGGGCAGCGAAGCAAGGAGAGAAGAAGUUAGGGCUGAGCUCCGAGGAGGCGCUGGGCACCAGAGCCCUCCCAUUGUGGGGCUGAAGCAGGAAGAAGGUGGGGCCUGGGUUCAGAAAGCCCUGGUCACUGGCGGUUAUCAGGGGAGGGGGUCUGCCCAAAUCAGGAGCCUCAUAAGCACAAAAUGCAGCUGCAGCGCCAGAGACCGAGAGCCGGGCUGGGACCCUCCUGCCUGGGAUGUCUGUAUCCGUCUACACAGAUAAGAAACCCCAUGUUCACCUUAAGUCAAGGAUCAUUCUACUUCCAUUUCCAAAACCUUCUUUACGCCAACGGCCGGCAUACAACCUUCCUAUGCUGUCGAGUGGAAAGACAACAGGAAGGCCUGAUAGACACGAGGGUCUUCAAAAACCAGGGCAUCCAUGCGGAGCUCUGCUUCCUCCAUUGGUUCCAUGACGAGGAGUUCUUCCCCGGAGAGGACUACCAGCUCACCUGGUACAUGUCGUGGAGCCCCUGCCCCGACUGUGCGGAGCAGGUGGCCCAGUUCCUGGCGACGCACCGCAACGUGAGCCUGACCAUCUUCAUCGCCCGCCUCUACUACCACUGGCUGCCCCAGUUCCAGCAGGGGCUCCGCCGGCUGUGCCAGGAGGGCGCCCAGGUGGAGGUCAUGUCCUACCAAGAAUUUGAAGACUGUUAUGAAGAGUUUGUGAAGAAGUCCUUCAGGCCGUGGAAGGGGCUGUACACUAAUUAUAAGCAACAGGAAAUCACACUGAGGAGGAUUCUCGGAAGCACGGUGAGUCUGUUAAAAGAAGAAACCUUCCUCUUCCAGUUCAACAACCGGCACCGGGUGCCCAGGCACUGCGGCCAGUACCGGCCCCGCAGGAGGACCUACCUGUGCUACCUGCUGGCUCGCCCCGGGGACACCACCGCCCCCACCAAAGGCUGCCUUCAAAACAAGAAAGGUCACCAUGCAGAAAUCCGCUUCAUUGAGAGAAUUCGGUCCAUGGGCCUGGACCCCAGCCAAGACUACCAGAUCACCUGUUACCUCACAUGGAGCCCCUGCCUGGAUUGUGCCUUCAAACUGGCUAAGCUCAAAAAAGACUUCCCGCGCCUGACUCUGAGGAUCUUCACCUCCCGCCUGUACUUCCACUGGAUCCGGAAGUUUCAGAAGGGGCUGCAUCAGCUGUGGCUGUCAGGGGUGCUGGUGGCGAUCAUGGGCCUCCAAGAGUUUACUGACUGCUGGAACAACUUUGUAAACCACCAGCAAAGAAGCUUCGCCCCCUGGGAGAAACUGGAUGCGUACAGCAAGAACAUACGAGAGAGGCUGGGCCGGAUCCUGAGGUCUUGGGGCUGUGGACCUACACCAUCCUCAGGAGGGGAUUCAAGGUGACCUUGGAACAUCAGUGCCUCCUCCAUCCCCUGCCCCUAGCCAAGACUGAAAGUCUUUCCUCCUACAUUUCUUUCUUUUGGUGUGUGUUCUGGAGCUUGAACUCAGGGCAUGGGUGUUGUCCCAAAGCUUU